AUGAGCCAAGCAACACUUCGCACCAGCCGUCUCGAACUACGGCCUCUCGGGCACGAGCACGGAGAUUAUAUCUAUCAGCUCGACUCGGACCCGGAAGUCAUGAAGUACAUCGGGUACGGCAAGCCACUCACGGCCGAUGAGUCGACAAUUGUGCACAAACUGCUCCUCGAGACAGCAUCAUUCGGGUCUGGCCUUGGAUGCUGGGCUGGAUUUGCCGGGGACGAUUUUGUGGGCUGGUGGGUGCUGGCGCCCAGUCAAAGCAACGACGAUCCGCCCCAGGUGAACAAGAAGCGAGUCGAGUUCGGCCUAAGAAUCCUUCCCAAGUUUUGGGGCCAGGGGUUCGCCAAGGAGGGUUCUCGAGCGCUGGUCAAGCAUGGUCUCGAGGACCUCGGCGUGGAAGAGGUCUUUGGUGAGACCAUGGCCGUCAACCAAGGGUCCCGAGCUAUCAUGGCCAAAGUUGGACUCAAGCAUGUUCGAACGUUCCACAACAAGUACGAUAACCCUCCUCCGGGAAUCGAGGAGGGCGAGGUGGAAUAUCGAGUCACGAGGGAUGAAUGGUCAUCACAACAAGCAUGUGCUGUGUAG